AUGGAAAAAAGACCCAACCCUGAGUCUUCAUCUCAGCCAAACCAAACUCUUUAUAUAAAGAACUUAAAUGAUAAGGUAAACAAACUUGAAGUGAAAAGACUUUUAUAUCAGCUGUUUUCAGCAUAUGGAUAUAUUUUAGAAAUCUAUGUAAGCAAAGCUCCAAAAAAGAGAGGACAAGCCUUUAUUGUUUUUGAUACAGUUCAUGAUGCAGCGCUUGCCUUGCAAGCGCUCCAAAAUUUCAGUUUUUUAGAAAAAAAUCUUAAUAUAGACUAUGCGAGAGACAAAAGUGAUGUUAUUGCUAGAAAAGAAGGGACUUAUGAGAAAAGAGCAAAACAAAAGAGAGAGGCUGAGAGAGCAGCGAACACAUAA